AUGAUAUAAAGUUCUACUCGUAACCGUUCUGAACAAUUAAUCUACCAAAGAAGAUCAUAGGAGUAGUAUGUAGGCAAAUUGAACACAAAGCUUCGACAAGAGCAUUACGAGAGAACAUUUGCUGCCUGGGAAAACAAAGGAAAGGAUAUUGCCAACAUAUAAUAUACAAAGAAUAGACUUCAAUAAAUUCGUGCAGAAGCUGAAGCUAAUAAGAAUUAAAGAAGAGAAAAACUAGCUAUUUUACUUAAUGCAGAGCAUGAGCAAUAUCAAUAGGAAAUAAAAGCAAUGGUUGAAACUCCAGAAUAGGUCAAGGAGAGAAUGAUGAAAGAAGUUGCUGAAUUGAAACAAAGAAAGGAGGCUGAAAGAGCUAGAUAAGCAGAUGCAGCAUAUGAUCGUAGAUUUAGAGAAAAUGCUGAUGAACUCAGAAUGGUCAAUUAGCAAUUUAAUGAACUAUAAGCAGUGGCUUAUAGAAAUAUGCAGAUGAUGGAUAAAUAAAAACAGUUGGAGGAUCAAUAUGAGGAGGAAAUGAUAUAUGCAGAAUUGUAUAGAAGGGAGAUACUGAAAAAGGAGAGAUUAGAGAAGGUGAAGGAAUUGGAACAAAAGGCUAAGGUAGAUGAACGAAAUAAGGUGUUGGCUGUGCAAACAAAAAUGAAUGAAGUCAAACAUUAAAAGACUAAGGAAGAAAUUGAAUAGGAAAAAUAAAUGCUGAAAGAAGAAUGGAAACGAGAAGAGGAAAGACAUAAAUAAAGAGAAAAUCAAUAUAUGAAUUAUAAGAAGGAAAUUAAUUCAGAAAUUGCAUUAAAUAAUGAAAAACAAAAGGAAUAUAAAAAACAAAUUAAACAGUAAGAGAAAAUAGAGGACAAAGAAAUGAUUUCUUAAGUACUCUCAAGAGAAGAGGCCAUUAGUAAGAUGGAGUAAGCAGAGAAAUAAAGAUAGAAAGAAGAAACCAGAUAAUUUUUACUUAAUUUUAAGAAUAGAACAAACGAGUAUAGUGUAAAUGAUCAAUUAAAGGAAAGAUUAAUUAAUGAGGAGAACAAUAGACAAUGGGAAACCAAAGAAGCUAAAUGGAAGGCUGAGGAUGAUGCAAGAGUCAAAUUAAUGUACGAAGUUUAUGCUCAAAGAGCUGAGAAUGUGGAAAUAAAAAAGAAAGUAAUUGAAGAUGAGAAGAAUGUUAAGCAGUUGGAUAAGAUGGAACUUCAACGUUAAAUGGAACUGUAUCAAAAGGAAUUAGAGGAAAAGUAGAGAUUAGAAUAGGAAAAAAUAAUGUAAACAAAACACAAUUUAAUAAAUUAAAUGGAUGAGAAAAAACAUAGACAAUAAUUGUUAAGAGAUAAGAAAUAAUAGGAGGAGGAAGCACUUCGAAAAUAAAAAGAGGAAUAUGAUAAAAAAAUAGAAUUAGAAAAGGCCAAAGGUCGUGCUUUGCUCGAUGAACUUAGAAAACAACGACCCUAUUGA